GAUACGUUCGGUCUCUUACUUAACCCGAUUCUGUUAUCAAAAAAUGGGUAUCCGGAAAAUGCAAUUUAUGUACUCUUGAAAACUGCAGCGGAUACUGCAGGAAAUUACACAAUCCAUAACAUUUCCUUAGUUCGAGCUCAAUGGACUUUAAUUACUACAUAUAUGAGCUAUUUUGAAAUAUUCACCUAGAGAAAUUUCAAACAUUUAUAAAAGGAUUGCACUUGUACACUCCUACAAAUGCAAAAACUUAAGUCACGCGAACGCGGUCUUUCAAUCGUAACCAAUCGAAAAAAUCAUUUCUGUUGAAGGCGUUGAAUAAACCACAUCUUAUCUAAUCGAGACUAAGUUACAUUUAAGAAUGAACCCUUUGACAACAUUAUUUCCUGGAUACUUAUUAUUACCACUAAUCAUUUUCGAAAGUGCAGCGCAUAGUAAUUCUUAUGCUGUGAAUAAGAGUAGUAAUGCUGAAAGUCAUGAAUGGAGCUAUCCUGAUUUAUCUGUUCACAAUACCGGAAGAAGACCAGAAAAAAUGUCUCUACAACAUUAUAAUAGAGAGACCGAUCGAAAUGUAACUUUAAAACGCGGUGUGAAAAACUAUCAAAAACCAAAAAAAUUAACCACGCAUAAAAAUAAAUAUAAACCGUCAAAUGCGCGAAGAAAAAAUGUUAGUCCGCAUUAUACUGACGAUAACUCUGAGAGUAAGCAUUAUCAUACAUUCGAAGAAAUCCAUGAGCACAUAGAUGAAGAAGAUGGACAGUACCAAGCAUCUGAGCAAAUUGGAACACAAUCCAUAUUGCACGAAAAUGUAGAACAUUCAAAUAAAAAGGAUGGAAAGCGUAUGAAAGUUAAGAUUAAGCAUCACCAUCACCACCAUCAUCACAACCAUAUAAAGGAACUAAUAAAAACCGUUCCACAACCCUAUCCUGUUGAAAAAGUUGUGCAUGUGCCCAUCGAGAAAAUUGUGGAGAAAAUCGUGCAUGUUCCCAAGCUUGUAAAUGUUACCGUUGAGAAAAUUAUACAUGUCCCUAUUGAAAAAAUAGUAGAGAAAGUUAUUCACAUUCCAAAGCCAGUCCAAGUUCCUUAUGUAGUCGAGAAAAUCGUUGAAAAAAUAGUUAAUGUUCCGAAACCAUAUCCUGUAUUAAGAACAGUACCGUAUCCUGUGGAAGUCAAAGUCGAGAAGAAAGUUCCAGUACCAUAUAAAGUUGAGGUAGAACGGAAGGUUCCAGUUUACAUUCGAUCCAGGGAGCCAUAUAAAUUCGAGCCAUCGCCUUUUGAAAGCUAUCCCCAUGCUGAAGAAUUAAAAUAUAAUAUGGAACUGGAUCAUCCGCCGCCUAGAGAACAUCAUGAGCCUUCCACUCUGCCGUCAUCAAACUACUAUAAUAGAAUAUACAAAUCAAGGGAACUGGACCAUCCUCCUAGGAUUGAGAACUUUCAAAAUAUAAUACCGUCACAACAAAACCCAGAAUAUGUGACCAAAAGUAUGAUCGAACCACAAUAUAAGCAUGAAUAUAUACCAAAAAGUAGUAUUGAACCAACUGCUCCUGGACGAGAUCCGGUUUCUUUAAAACUUGUGAGCCCAACUCCGCAUUUCAAUAUCACGGGAAAGGACUUGGAGGUCGCCAACUCAGCUCCAGAAUUUAUUAAUAGCUCAAGUGUGGACUUAAGUACGCAGGAAUCGGCUAAUGCUUUUCGAGGAAUCCCUUUCGCCCUACCUUUUCAAUUUGUUCAACUGCAACCAAUGGCCUUUCAAAAUCCCAUUAAUGUAGAUGUACCAGUUCCAUCCACAGCAGGAGAGGGAGCUCAAAAGUAAAAAGAGAAUCUAUGUUUUAAAUAAGCCAAAUUGCCCAAAAAAUGUAUUAAACUUUGUUUUUUUGUUUUAUGCAGAAAUAAUUCAAUUGAAUAAAAGGAAUAGCAAU